AUGAACAAUUUCUAUAAGAAUGUUCUGUGCUUCAUACUUGUUCAAGCAAUAGCCAUAACCUCAUUAAUAACUUUAUCAAGUUCAGAACCUAAUAAAGGUGGUCAUGAUAAUAGCCGUUGGAUUCAUCCGUGGUUCAAGACAUGGCAUAUCUACGCCGUUAAUGGAAUAAGCAAAGAUCAGACACUAUUAGUUCAUUGCAAGUCUAAGGAUGACGAUUUGGGCAUCCAUAACCUCACUGUCGGCUCCGAGUUCACCUGGAAAUUCAGGCCGAGGUUCUUUGGGGGAACACUUUUCUGGUGUUACAUGGCUUACGACAACCUUCAUGCUUCGUUCAAAGCAUUUUGGGAUAACCAAGUGUUGUAUAAUCUGUGUGAUUGGGGAACUUGCUUUUGGAUUGCUAAAGAUGAUGGAAUUUACAUAAGAAAUAUUCCUAAAAAUCGAGAUGAUUAUUACUGCAAUUGGGAGCAAGGACGAUUAUGAUAAUGAAAAAGGGAGUGUUUUAUGUCCUUCCAUUACCUGGUUUGCAAUUAUAAUAGCAAUAAUAAUCUAUAACUAUAUAAUUUCUUUUUACUUAUAAUGUAGUUGU